UUGGGGGGUCGUACGGUACGUUUUGGCCCCCUUCGACCUUGGAUCCUCACACGGAACAACAGCCAAAAGCUUGAGGAAACUACGGAGGCUACCGCUACAAGCAACCUCCCAGCAAAACCCAACUAAAGGAGAAAGAGUGCAGCGGCGCUCCACAGACAGGCUACUCUUUGGUGACAGACGACAAGGCUAAUUAAUUCCCCGGUAGCGUACCGGUAAGCUAGCCAGGAGUGUACACGCUCGAUUGCUUGGGAUUCGAUGCCAUCGAAAGAAUUUGGGUUUUCUGUGGAGCGUGGAUCCGCCAAAGUGUGUAGGAUACGGAAAUUUUCAUACUCGGAGAACACAAAUUCCUUGACGAAUCGAAUCGCCGUCAAUCUCUCUUUAUGGAUUGAUUGAUUGAUUGAUUGAUUUGCUUCACAUCGAUGAUCGAAACACGUUGAGGAAGAAAACAAGAAUAGACAAAUUUCCUGACAGCUGUUGGGCGUUGCUGAAGUCAAGGGAAAAUACUAGAAGAAAGAUUUCAGGAGUUGGCUUUUUGCCUGUGCUCCUAAGACAGUCGUCGUUGUGAGAGUGCGUGGUUGCAGAUUCUUACCAUGGAGACUACCACAACCAAAUACCAGCUGACUAUUGGUCGAUACAAGUUCAGCUACUCUGAUGGAAAGGUGCCGUUGGAAACCAAAGUGGUGGUAGCGGACAGCAGUGUGCCUUUCCCCGGUCUGGACACCACUGCACGCUAUUCGAAGUUUGACAUGGUGCGCCCAAAGUUUUGGGAGGAAAAGAUCGAUGGGGUCUCCUAUCCAACCGCUUUUAUGGAUGAUGUUCGAAGUCUGGUGGGAAAAGUUUGCAUCUAUGACGGUGAACAUGUCGACUUAGUUGUUGAGGCUGCCAACAAGGCCCAGAUGACCGCUUUAAUUGUGGUAAAGCCUGUCUCGGUACAACCAACGCUUCCGGUGUUUCAUUUGGACAAAGAUUUGGUUGACCUGGUGCUUGCAUGGGGAGAGGGAGCCAAGGUGAUUGUGCAGCCAGCAGCAAUUGUUCCGGAAGCUUCUGACCCCGAAGAAGAGUCCAGCCCAAAUCCUUCCCCAAAAGGCUGCGAUGAGUUGGCAUUUGGGCAAUCCGCGAACUCAACACAGGGUAGUGGAGCUGGUGACGACACGACAAACAAGCACGGAACCAAGAGAUUGUACAGUGAGGCUGCAAAAGCAUCGGGGGAACCGCCAUACAUCCAAAUGGGCCAGACCAAUCAAGUCGAGCUAUCGCAUUCAAAGGCGCAAAAGACUGGAACUGGAUCGCCGAUCAAGAAAACACGUUCAUCUGAGGAUAAGGAUGAAGAGGAGGAUGACGAAGCCAUGUCGUCAUCUGAAGAAGAGGACGACAGUGAUGAAGCCCCAGAGAAAAACAAAAAGGGUUUCGUGGAAACCGCGUGGAACAAGGUGACAAAUGUACUGGGUAUCACUUACGAUGAUGAGCUCUUGACGAAUAGUGCCAAAUGGAAUGCGAGUGAGAAAUACAGUGGUUAUCAGGAGGCUAUGAAACUUCUUGAUGGUAUGGAGCCUGAUGGCGGCCAGGCAAAGGCUUUCGUUAAGCGCAUGCCACAAUUCCUCGGUAUUAGGGCCGGUGGCAAUAGACUCGUGAAGUUGGCAUUUGCCUGUCGGCUCUGGAUGGUUGUAAAAUGUCAAGGGAGAGAAGAGCUGUUGCGAAACAUCCUACGUGUCAUUCGUGAUUUCGAUUUUGCAAAGCGAAAAGCCGAUGUCACCAUGGAGAAAUAUUUUCGCGAAGACCAUGAGAAACCUCAUGGGGUUUUCCGUCUAUUUUUUGUUGAGUUGGUAAAACAGCCAGACCUUCGAAAGCUUGAGUUCAGCUCAAAGCUGUGGACCAAUAUUCUCUGGCUCUGGUUGAAGUGCGGUUUGCUGAAAUCUCCUAUUGACUGGGAGAGCUGGUCGCGUCUUCGGUACAGUCUAGGUCCCAAUUUUUGGAAGCAACACAAGAAUCAGCUUACAGAGGUCCUGAAACCAGCUCGGUAUCACACUUUGGUUCUGUUUUUGGAGGCCCGUCCUGGUGCAAUCAAGGAAAUGCACGCCGCCAUCCUGGAGCUCAAAGAAACUCGAUUCUUGCGAGUUGAAAUUGCGAUUUCCGAGAUGUUGAAGGAUUGUGGCUGCCGCAUCAUUAGCACGAACAGCUCUGAUGUGACUGAAGAACUGUGCACUCUGCUAGAAGCGCUAUUGCAGCUGUGCUUUCUCAAUCACGACGCGAAAAGGGUUCGUGGGGAGAUCAUAUCUUCCUUGGUGUCCCACUCCAAUUUCCAAAACAAUGGACAUUUCAGCAAGUACAAUUCAAUCGUGGAAGGAGUGGAAAGGCUUGAUGACCGACAAAUCGAAAAUUCUGUGCGAUAUCAUAUCAGACGGAGCUUAAUUGACGAUCUCAAGAGAACAAACAAGCGGCCAUGGGCAAGGGACAUCGAGCAGCUACUCGAUUAUCCUUGGGCAAUGCAUUACCUGGGUGAUAAGUCGGGUUUGGAGGAACUUGUGACUUUCAUGCAGGAGGCACUCGAGCUGAGAAGCACUCCCUUGCUCGACAAACUCGUGCUGCUGGACACUCUUCAAAACUUUGCGGGCGAAACCCGUCUCUUGGGCACUCGAGCCCUGGCGACGUUUCAGAAGUCACUCCGCCUGCACUCGAGGCGCGACAUUGUCGAACAAACAUGUAACGUAUUGGAGGGUGGCUUCAUGCAAGACUCCUCUCAAGGUUUUGAAAACGUUAUUUCGACCUUGAUAGUUGACGCGGUUACCAACGAGACCGGGGCCAUCUUUCAGGAUUUGGCCACGUUUCAGGAUGCCAUCGGUCGCAUUGAGAAAGUUCGCGACAAUGGCUUUGCUCGCUAUUUUGCAGCCGGUCUGACACAAGCCCUAGUAAGCGCGUGUGAUUCCAUGGAAUCCGCUUCGCUUGUGUUCCUGCGCCUAAUCGAGCGCGGCAAUGAAAUGCAAUCUUUGAGCCUGGCGUCAAGGCUAUUCUGUGAGAGCUUUCCCAGCUGGCAGCCGCACUCUCUUGACGAAGUCGCGCUGGAAAACAAGCGAGCUUGGGAACUGAUCUUUCAAUGCUUUGCCGUGGUGGACACACACAGAGGUCGUGCGCCAGACGUCGUCGAUCGUGUGUUUUGUUGCAAGGACAGCUUAGUGAAAGUCUUUGAAGAUUGGACGGGCGACUUCAGGUCUCGGCAGAUUACCCUUGCUGGGCUCGACACAGGGCUUGCAUGCAGUAAGCUCGAGACAUGGUCAUUGAUUUCUCGCCACCUCAAAUUGGAAAUGCCCGAUUCUGCAGAAAUUAGGGAGAUGGUCGAACAAGGGGAACGUCUUGUCGAGUCAAUUCGCAACGUAUUGGUAGCGCCCGUGGAAUGGGGGCGAUCGCUGCGAGAUCUUUUUGUCGCUUAUGACUGUCACACAGAAAACGAUCACACCUGUGCGGCUCUCUUUGGAACAUUUUCUCAAUUCGUCGAGACCAGACCGCCAUUACACGAUAGCCAGUUGUCUCCCCAUGAUGAGAGGCUGCGUGAAAUACAGUUGCAGGCCUUGAAGAGUCACAAAGAUGCAGCUGAAGGGUUCUCCCAAGGCUGCAUGAAUGCGCUACGCAUCUGCGCACACUUUUCGCGACAUCGUUCUGUUUUGUUUCAGCAGAGAUUCUCGCGCAUCGCUCAAGGCGGAUGUGGUGGAGUGAAUGAUCUUCGUCGUUGCGUCGAGCAGGCCGUUGGCGGUAUCUUGGGUUUGUUCAGCGAAGAAGCUUCCUUCAGUGAUGUGAGACUUGCGAUUGUUGAAUUGGAAAGUCAUACUGUCACCGUCCAACAAGAAGUGUCAAAUAUAGCCGGGUGUGAAGCCCUGAAGUUUGAUGAUGUGAUGUGCGAUCGCUUCCUCCUAUCUGCGUUGGUUUGUCGAUUGACUAGGCCCCUUGCAGAUUUCGUUUCCUUUUGUACACAAUUCGGCUUCGAAGUUGAGACUGACGAAUGCUUCGACGUGAUCAAAGAUACAAUUGAAGAGAUCCAAGGACAAGAUCAGAUCGGGGGGUCGCGAAGCCAAUGCGAACGGCUCUACAAGCAUUUGGUUAUGACUGACAACAAAACUGCGCCCAUCACCCACGACCUUGCAGACCUGGAACGGUAUAUCCCGCUGCUCAAACUGUUUAGCUGUCUCCGCCGACAUCACGAAAUUUGGAGCCUUGCAGCGGAGAAGCAAUGGUUUGGUUCAGAAGGCCUCGGUAACUUCCUUAGAGAGUUGGAUCAUCUGUCGAACACACAUAUGGAUUCUUACAACACGACAGUUCUCGAAGUGAUCGAACCUUUGAUUCGGAUCAUCUCAAUUAUUGGAGACCACAGAAAGCAAUCCAAGGUAACGGCGUUGUUCAACUCGCUUGUCUCGAAUCAACACGUCCAGGAAUGGUUGCGUGAUGGUCGCUUCAAACAAUUCAAUGUUGUCCAACAGAACCUGGGGCAAGUUCGUCGAUGGUUCUGUGAAGAAGAAAAUGAAAUCCAUGGAUAUUAUCGUGUUUUUCAGGAGAUCUCAGGUGGCAGGUACUUCAUUUCGCUCCAUGAGAAAGAACUUGGCAUAGAGUACAAGGGAAAGGAUGGGAUUGUUGCAGAUAUGAGCGGUAACGAAAUCGAAGCCCUUCUCGGGCAGCUGAGUAAUAUUCAACAUGAUGACAGCAUCAUUGCCGCGGCAAUCGACUGUUUCGCCGAGCAACAUGCGAUCAUUGAACAAGCCGCUGCGUUCGUCCUCAAAAUGGAGUCCUCAGGCUUCCGCGACUCUGGAAUUGAGGACUUCACGUGUCAAGUCGGGGAACAGCACAUGGAAGACGCACGCACACUUCACCAAGCAUGCAGACAGAGGUCUGAUGUUUGCACCAAUUGGUUGCAGGAGACCCGACGGUACCACCCACUCUCACUAUUGUUCUGGGAUGAGGAGUUGAAGGAGCUUCAUAAGCAACUGUCACUGGAGGAUGAUGCGGGCCUUAGCAUGGCUGUUCACACGCUAUCCCGGCUGCUUCCGUCUCAAAAUGUUUCACAAGUAGACAUGGACAACCUUGGGGCCAUUGUUUCUGGCCGAUCUAUGAGGGCGGCGUCUGAAUCCUGGCUUCUGGAGGUGUCCAGGUUCAUUGAGGAUAUCCACAAAGCCCUUGGGGAGCCCCAACGACUCUCCGUUGAGGGUGUUGAGCGAGAGCUCGUUGUGCACAGUCUGUCUUGUGAUAAAGACCUCCGAGACGAAGUCUUAUUGGGUGUCUUGCAAUCGAUCUAUAAGAAUCGUCUCCCUGGUGACGCGGAAAUCCUGGACGGGCAUUCACCUUCAUUCGAAGAAAGGCUGCCAUUGUUUUUGGAGAGGGCCAAGGAGUUUCCUUCAUGCACGUUUACUAUUCUCGUUCCUGAGCAAGUCAAGAAAAAGGGGCCUUUAGCCAAAAUUCGUUCCUUCUUUUCAAGCAAGGCAGCAGCGUCAGGGAACCUUCGCUUUCACUGUGUGCAGUUUGAGUCCCUACUGGCACCAGCAUCGCCCUUCUACGUUCAUCGUGUUUGGUCAAACGAGAGUCGUGACAGCAUGACACCAACAUUGAACCUUACUUGGAAGCAUCAAGUUGUUGGCAACAACACUGCUGUGGUUGAAGCGACAGUGGUGGUAAGCGAUUUUUGCUGCGCAGGGAAAACAAGAUACAUUCGGGAUGAACAACAAAGACUGUCAGGAUCUUCGGAUGGCUCAAUUGAGACUGGGACCAUCACAGUCCAUGAAAAGAGCAAUGCGGAUACAUUGAUUGCAUCUCUCGCCUCCAAGUUUUCACACGUAGAUGGCCACAAGUUGUUGCAUGUUUCAGUCCUAGCAAUACCAGUGGAAUCUGACUCGAGAGCCCUGUGGUUCCAGCAGUUACGAAAGUUCUUCUUUCAAUUCUUGGUUCUCGGAGUCCUGCACUAUUCUGACUCGAAAUCGCACUACUCGUUUUACGUUGGGCGAGGAAGAUGGAGACUCCAUGUCGAGCUACCAUCGAGUGAAGUCAGAUCGGACAAUGGCGAGGAAUGGCUUCGGAGGAACAUUCCGCUACUGAGCUUGGUAUGUCAGAUCAAAAGCCCAACAAAUCAGUUCCUGAUCGACAAUGAUGCGAGAAACGUCUGUAAAUACUUGCGCGCAUGCGAAGAUGGUUCGAUAGACGAUGUCUUCGAUCCCGAAACGAACAAGCAGGUCAUUUUUGUCAUCGAUCAGUCCGAAAGCAUGGAGUAUGAAGUAUCGCAAAACAAAACUCAACUAAGUGCAGCCAUUGACUAUGCUUUGAUGAUGUUUGACAGCCACGCUCAAGUUGGCGACCAUGUGGGUGUUACAAUGUUUAAUCAUCAACACAAACAUGCUGUUCCCACCGUUCCCAUUCGAGAUGAGGCCCAUAAAGGACAGCUGCGGGAACAAAUAAACGGAACUCGAAACGACAUUCCAUUGGGUGGGGGGACCCAUAUGUUCUCAGCACUGAGCUCUGUGAUUGAGCGUGUUGAACGAGGAGAACCUGUUCCAACUUGGAUUGUCUGCCUCACAGAUGGAGACUCAGAUGACACAGAAGAACCGCUAAGGCAGCAACUUCAGCAGUCUCGGCGCAAUCUCCAUUUGGUCGUUGUUGGCGUAAACCUGUUCCCUGACUACGAGCAGAGGAUGCGUCUUUUGUGUCAAAAGUACUCAAACAGGCGAUCGAAGGGGUUCUACGUUGGGUCGAAUUCUACCCUGGAUUCCAUGGAGGCGGCAUUCAAGCGAGUACAACAAGGCAUUCCAGUCUCUCAAACGUUUGACCUUCUUGGAGAGCCAACAGACGACGAAUGCCGUGCCUUGAUUGAGCUGUACGCGCCCAAGAAUCUGAACAUGCUGACAUUGAAUUUCUGGGUUAAAUUCUUGCACCGACGGAUCACCGUGAUGAACAAGAAUGAGUCCUUCAACUUCAACCAAACAAAAGUUGGCCUUGGCGGCACUUUGAUGAAACUUAUGUUUGACGAGGUGAAGAGGCUUCUCGAAUCAGACCAACAGAAGGAUUGGCUAGAAACCAACUACUCUCAGUUGAUCUACGACUUCUCGGAUCCUGAGAAUCCUCAGUUCAGGUUGUUGUGUACUUCGCCAAAUUCAAUGCCCGAAGCACUCAAACGGGAGUAUGAGCGGCUCGAGUUACCGGGGUUCACUGUCCCAAAGGAGCGAGACCUUGCUAAGCGGACAACUCUCGAUAGACUCAUCUCUCAGGCCAUGGGGAUUCCUCUCGAUGGUGUCCCAGGUCAAGAGCGCCUUCGAUGCAUAGAUGACAGCGGCUUUAUAUUGACAAGGGAUUUUGGCGUCAAGCUUCUUAACAUUCAUGAGCGAGUCGCAGCGGGUGUUCCUUGUAUCAUGGAGGGUGAAUCGGGUGUGAGCAAAACAGCGUUGUCAAAAGAGUAUUCCAUCCUGGUGAACUCGGCACUAACAGCAGAAGCAAGCAGAUCCACUGCUGCCAGUUUGAAGGCCAUUGAAGAAGAGGCAAUAUCCAAUGGAUAUUCCAUGGGUGAUGGGCCUUCCCCUGAAGCUCGGCUUGCAGGCGCUCUGGAACAGUCGCGGGGUAUGGCGGAGAGAACACAACUGUCAAACUGGCUGCAUGCUAAGAUCAAGGCUGUAUGUGGUGACCGGUCCGCAAUAUUCCAACCAAUGCCACAAGAGCUGGACAACAAUGAGUUGAAGACGGUGGUAGAACUGGUGCAGUGGCUAGCCUCUUCAAAUCUCAACUCGUUCUUCUUCGAAAUCAACAUUCACAGCUCCAUGGAAGAGUCAGAUAUUGUGGCCCGCUUUGAACCCGUUCGGCGUCUUGCGCGCAAGAUCCCAGAAGUCCCAAUUGUGGUGUUUCUGGAUGAGGUCAACACAGCCUCCAUGAUGGGUCUUUUCAAGGAGAUCAUAGUUGACUGCAGCCUUCAGGGCGACAGGUUGGAGACAAACAUCAUCACCAUUGCUGCGUGUAAUCCUGCCAGAUCCAAUCUCAUGAUAGAAACAAACAAUGCCAGGGAAGUAGACAUGGGUCGAACAUGGUGCAGUGGCCACUACCAAGUGUCUCCAUUGCCAACCUCGAUGUCUGCCUUGAAAUGGUGCUUUGGGGCACUAAGUAAAACCCAAGAAAGAGAAUUCAUCUUUCGAAGAUUGCGGGGUCUUGGGAGUGUUCCACUUCGCCUGCAGAUGACACUAACAGAAGUCAUUUCAUUGUCUCAAGAGGCAAUGCGUGAAUUCGCUUCCAAGGACAUUAAAAGAACUCUCCGUCGAACGGGGAAAUACUCCGAUGCUGAAAUCGAGGAUGAAGCCAAGACUCGGUCACAGUCGGUGGUAUCCUUGAGGGAUAUCCAAAGGGUGUUCUCCCUAUAUGACUUCUUUUUUACUGACUUCCCAAUGACUGAAGCGAUUGCAGGUUCCAAGAAAGAACGGAGUGCGAUGCUUCUUGCUGUCGCAGUGGUUUAUUUACUCCGGUUGGAUAGUGCUAGUCGCACAGAUUACCUUGAACGACUCAAGAAUCUAGCUGGGGAGCAGAAUGAGAUGCUUCACUUGGACGAUAUCCUCAGUGAAACAUUGGAAGAUGUCACAAAACAUACCAACAUCAAGGAUGGGGUUGCCAGAACUCGGGGAUUGCAAGAGAGCCUUUUCAUGACGUUAUGUUGCACUAUGUCAGGCACACCCUUGCUUGUUGUUGGCCCUCCUGGGUGUUCAAAGACAUUAUCAGUCAAUGCUGUCGGCGACAAUGCUCAAGGGGAAGAAAGCUUAAGCCCCUUGUUCAAACGUUUCCCAAGGCUUUCCUAUUUCAACUAUCAGUGCUCCAAACUAUCAACAAGCACAGAAGUUGAAGGGGUGUUUGGCAAGGCAACUCGAAGGCAGACGAUGGUAGACCGCAAGACCAACAUAUGCGUUGUGUUUCUGGACGAAGCUGGGCUUCCAGAAGAGCGACGGGAAUCCUUGAAGGUGCUUCACUACCUGCUUGAGUCUCACAUGUCUGUUAAUGGGGCUGUUUCGUUUGUGUCCAUCUCAAACCAUGUCCUUGAUGCAGCCAAAAGCAACCGCUGCGCUAUGCUCUUUCGAGAGGAACCUGAUGAUGAAGAAAUGCUCACCAUGACCAAAGGAGUUCUUUACGGCUCUAACAUGGAUGGAUCUCUGAUCCACAACGUUGAUCUGGACGGAAGCCUCACUGAAGCUCACGAGUUUGGGCUUGGGCUCUGCCGAUCCUACUCAGCAAUGCGGAAUAUCCAGGGUCUUGAUACCUUUUUUGGACUUCGUGACUACAUUUAUUUCUUGAAGUAUCUUCGCACACAAUCCUCUGUUAGGGGAGGGAAGCUGGUUUUGACUAUUGGCGGCAUCAUGUCCUCACUCUCCCGAAACUUCAACGGUGUGGAAUUGGAAAAGUGGAAGCAUGUUGCAUUUGAAAGCUUGCGGCAUGUUGUUCAACACAGUGAAAGUGUUCUGUCUGAUUUUCUCGACAAGCAAGCUCCAUGCCCAAUGCGUGUGAUCCAUGAUGUGCUGUCGCCAGAUGAAUUGUGCCUAAAUUCAGCUUCCAGGGGUCGGUUCAAGCUCAUUAUCGACUGUAGCGAGGACGAUUCAAUUAUGCGGCUACUGAGUUCUGCUGGCUUGUUGGACCUAUCCAAGAAGACACUGUUCAAAAUAUCGAGCUUGCCUGAUGAAAAGGAAUCUGAGAAGCUCCGGGUGAUAUCUGGUGUGAAAUUUGCAGCUAUGCAAGGCCACACAGUGCUCUUGAGCAAUACAGAGUCAAUUGACGAAAGUUUCUAUGACUUGCAGAACCAGAAUUUCCGGGAGAUUGAAAAUCUUGAUGGUUCUGUGUCUCUGUAUGCCAACAUUGCCAUGGGAGGAGUGUCUCGAAGGUGUCAGGUGCAUCCAUCAUUCAGCUGCAUUGUCCACGUGCGUGCUGGCCUGUUGGAUCAGACACCGGCUCCCUUUCUAAACAGAUUUGAAAAAUACCGUCUGGACAUCAGUGAUUUCGUCAGUGCAGGCUGGGCUUCUCUCGGAAAACUUGAGGGAAUCCUCCAGAGGUCUCGCCAGAGGGCCGCACAACUUGUGGGGCUCUUGGGCAAACAUGGACUCGUUGGAUUUAACAAUCGAACAUUGGACAGUGCAUAUGCCGGCCUAUUGCCAGCUUGGACUUUCAGCAAUUUGCACAAGACUGAACACCCACCCCUUGUUUUCAAUACGGAAAGCUCCUUCAUAGGUAGCUUGACCACAUUUAUUGGACAUGUCACGACAAUGGGCUCCAUCCAGGAACGAGUCAAGAAAACGGUGGACAAGGCUUCCAACAGCUUUCCAACGGAUGAGUGUAAUGUCCUUCAAGAAUUGAUGACCGAUGCUGCAGGAAUGGAACGCGUCCAUGAAACCCUUUCUGCUCUGCUCCACGUUGACGCCAACAAGGACAAUGACGAGAACAUGGAACAGUCCAAUCCCAUCGAGGAUGUUUGUUCAAACAUCAUUCAGAUGGUUUUCACUGAGUAUGUUGUGUCUGUAUUACUGCAAGUUGCAGUGCCGGAGGCCGUCUACGCAAAACGAAACGUUCUGCCGCAGUUCCUCACUGAAGCAUACUUUGCAGAGCAAGAACACUUCUCGCUGAAGCUCUUCCUGGAGAAAGCCAUGGAGAAAGAGGAUCCCCAACUGUUGAUCAUCCACACUAGAACGGAUGCAAAUGUCCACAGCAUCCCCUCCUUCAACACCUCCGAAGACCUUCCUGGGAGUCACCAAAGCAGUCGAGCCAUUGUCCGACAGCUUGUUUGUGCAGACGAUAAAAGUGUGGUCUGUGAACACAUGGACUCGCUCCCGAGUGAAUCUUCGUUUCGGAAAGCUGUAACAGACUGGAUCCAGGGUACCAAACGCGUGUUCCUGCUCCUUGUUGACAUGAGUGGAACCAACGCAACUGAUAAUGUGAACUACAUCAGAAUGUGUAUCGAACAGAACUCGCUAGGAGGCAAGAUAUUCCUCUUGCUUCUUCACUAUCCAUCAUCAAGCUCCCUGUCCUCUUCUUGCUACCCAGUCUUGUUCUUGGGUCAGUGGCGCCAUACGGUCUUGGAUGUUGUUGGGCAAUCCGGCCCACCACUGGCCUUAUCAGAGAGCAUUCGACUUGCCUGUGGCGGGAUACUAGGGGACAAGAAGGAACGUCCCCAUGACAAGCUAGUGGCUGCUCUGUCACAGAUGAUGCCAACGGUACUGUCACAUCUGGCAUCCAAAAAUAGACUGCUCUACAGGGGACAAGACUUGGGCCGAGCAUCAUGCGACCAAGGGACUUUCCUAUCGCGAUGGAACUUCUUGAAGGAUGUGUUAUCGACUCAAUUGGAGGAUGGCAACGUUGGAGACUCUCUGUGUCAGAAAUUUGUGACAUUUUGGUUUGACCAGGGUCUGGAGACCACUGUGCGGAUGGCCUGUAUCAGAUUGCAACGGGGUACCACACAGCUGUCGCUUAGUGCCUCGAUCCAAAGUGCAUUGCUCGAGGCACUUCACAAAUUCAUGGCAACCUCAAUGAAGGCAAUCAACACAUGGAGGAACGCCGACUUGUUGGGAUCAGGGAACAAGGAAGUCCUCAGCUUGUAUGGCACCAUUCUAAGAAAGUUGCCAGUUCCACCGUUUGCAGAACUGAUGCUCCUGCAAGAAAAUAGCACACAAGUGAGACCUAUGCCCUCAGUGAUGGAUUCUCCAACUGGUUCCUUUGUGCAAUUCCCAUUUUUCUACGACAUCUCAAACUCAGUUGAGGAAACAAUGGAGAUGUCAGCUGGAUUACUCGCGGAGAAUGCCUCGGGCAACAUAAGCCACAGGGCACUGUACACAUCGACCAUGAAAGAGCUUUCAAACAAGGCUAACCGAUCCGAAGGGAAUUCUACAAGGGCAGUUGUCGAGUCAGUUGUGAAUUCAGUUGCCGACUCUGACGAGCUUUUCGAAAGGUAUCUGAGGCAGUUUAUUGCGUGGAAAACUGGCAUUCAGGCGAACCCAUACAUCAUGACAUGGCUGGUUGAUGCCGUUGAGAAAAUGCGUGGUGACUGCAGUCUUGUUGCUGUGCACUGUUUUGCUCGCUGUUUCAAGAUUGACUUGAUGAAGGCUGCCUCAUGGUCCAUCGCGGCAGUAAGAAACCCUCGACUCUGCCCAGAAGCAGAGGGUGAUAUCAAGGAGUUGUCGCAGUGGCCGAUGCACCUGUUGAUGCAUUCCUUGCAACGACUCCAAGACACGGUCACUGCAGGGGUUGCGGACAAGGAUAGAGAUGCCUGGUGCUCGGAUUUCUCUGCCCUCCUGAACCAUUGCAGUGUCGUUGACCAUGUAAAUGAUGAAAUUGCAUGCCGCAUCCGAAUCUUGCACAUUUUUAAUGUCCUGUUUCGGCUUCCAACGCGAAACACGGAGAUCGAGGCCACUGUAUUGGAAAGAUUUUGGGCCCGACAGGCUACUCAAGUCCAAACACCUUCACUUGCCGUUCUUUUUGACUUAAUCGACGGGAGCCGAAGUCUUGAAGAGGCUGUUUUGUGGCAGUUCUUCUCUCCAUCUGGAAUGGCGGCCAAAGAAGAAUUCUUUGUGGAAGACUUCAGCACCCUUCUUGACCUAUUGGAAGAGGGCAAGCUGCAACAUCACUCUCACCAGUGGAAGGUGUCACUAUUACGGAGGGCCUGUACAGUAAUCGGGGGCCAAGACAAAGGCAUAGCCUCUAACCAGCAACUUGGAUUGCCGCUGGCAGCACUCCGCAUCUUGAACGCCAAGGUCGCUCUGGUGUGUGAACCAGCGGUGUUUUCGGAAGGAGGGACAAGACGGACAUUUCCGCAUUACGUACCGCAGUGGCUCCGGCACGAGGAUGACCUUGAGAAUGGGAAGGAUGGUUCCGAGCGGCAUGGCUUCUUUUCGAACUACAAGCACUCUUUCACUGGCAUUCUCGCAGAAGUAGCAUUCGACAUGGUGCUUGGAAUUCUUUUGCGUCGCAACUUUGACUCAUCUUCAGUGCACAUGCUUCAAGUUCUUCAAGUGAGUAUCAGCGAAGAAGAACAACUGACUCAACAAGAUCAUGUGAGAUUGUCCCGAUCGCAGCGGGGUCACAUGGGAGAUCCAUCGAGAAACGAAUCUUUGGUGGGAACCGCACUAGCUGCAAUGAUAGCAGAUGCUCUUACAAUAUGCUUUGUCGCCGCAUUGGCACGUGAUAUCGCUGUCGAGUCGGAGGGAGGGUUGGCGUUGCAAGAACCAUACGAUGAAAUAUGCAAGCCGAUCUUGGAGCAAAUCAUGUCAAUACCACAAGUCAGCUUUGUUGAUUUCUUCUUCUCUCUCCUGAUCCGUCGAAGCGAAAGCCGGUUGAUGAAUUUACUGGGGGCUGGCGGCUUGCUGCACGAUCUUGACUUCACUUUGCCAAUGCGUCAAGGUAUGCCCGCCGUGGUAGCCAACCAACGGACUACUCUGCAGAACGCAGAGGCCGCCCUGCAAGAGGCUCUCGAGGACGAACAACGCAAAUCGCAGGACCUAAAAACGUGUCCUCACCAAGACUGCAGACGUCCCUUUGCGGUGCUCGUUAGGGCGUGUGGACAAUUCACUUGUGGACGUGACUACCACACUGCGAUCGGCAGUGAAGGCGCUUAUGGAUGCGGUCGUAACUUUCAGGUCGAUACCGCACCAAACUACAGGGUCGAUGAAGAAAGAUUAGCUCCCCUUCGGAGGAAUGUCGAGGCCCAACGUGCGCAGCUGGCGAGUUUACAGAGAGGUGCAACGAGUUGGCGACGAGCACGAGAAUUUGAGGUUCCCCAAUACCUUUUCUUUGUAGAAAGAGCCCCGUCUGGACCAAGUCUUGUUCCAUCAGUAGCCAUCCUUGAGACUUGCUCUGACACCGAUGACGCUUCGAAAGUGGUUCGAGUGUUCUUGAAUGGGGCAAAGCUGGUAGAACAAUUGGAUCUUCUACCUGACUUGAUUGAGCUCUAUCUAUGGCUUCAUUCCGUUUUUGGCCAGAUCUUGUCAAAGGCAGAAGCCCUGGAACGUGCGAUGGGAGACGUUAUGGAAGAAUCGAGACUCCUCCGUCGUUUUGAUUCAAUUCACGCUAGGCACAUGACGUCUCUUUGGGGCCGAGUUGUCAAAGGGGCUAACCAAUUGCUGGAGCAGAUGGACAACAAGGCACUUUGGAACUGCACAGAAAUUGAUAUCCCGUUCACGAGGAUAGAGGGUGCGGCUAUCUUUGCUCUUCUCAGUGAAGGGAGCGACCCGCUCGAUGGAGGAUGCGACUUCCUCUUUCUCAUGAUCAACGAGAUCGUUACAAAGUACAAUAGGUAUGUCCAGCAACUCUCUGAAUUGAAGCUUCCUGGUACCCUUCGAAAUGAAUUUGUCGACCGAGUCAUCCAUCCCAAGUUCUUGAUGGCAGGAAGCGGCGGCGCUGCGGUCAUAAACCGUUCAACCGCAAUGUCAAGCCUUGAACUUGACACGCUCGUCGAGAGCGUCUGGAACAGAGACCUUGCAGCGUUUGAACCGAAUCGCUUGGUCCAAUCUCUCGCGGUCGAGGCUAGCCUUUGUCAGUCACCGCCUGCUAUCCUGAAUCCUCUUCGGCACCUCCGCGAAGAGUUUGUUUUUCGAACAGAUCGCAAGUCACAAGGCGCAAAGGACACUGAUUGCGCAGACAUUUUCAGGGAUUUAGUGGACGGCACACACUUUGCUCGGGAACAAGAUCUUCGCUUGGUCUGCGACGUUCGCGAAGAGCUUCAUGCUGCUCUUGGGGACAAUGCAAAUGAUAGCUCAAUUCGCCCUGCACUUUGUUCUGAGCUGCAUAAGGAACUUGACAGUCACCAGAAAACCAUUGGCUUUCUCGGUGGCCUGCGCAACUUGCUUGGUUUGUUCUCGCCCGACAGCAGAGAUGGCGCAGGGCAAUUCGAAGAAGCACUUGGUGGAGUUGGCGGCAGCAACCGAGCAAGUAGCACACAACCUUCCCGGAACGAACAGAUGAAGGAGAUUGGCUUCCCAGACUUGAGUCCAAGCACGAUGGACAUUCUUCUUGCCCUGAACAAGCCUCAAAUUGUUGAAUUGGUUCGAUUCCUCAACUUUCAUCUUGCCUCGGAAGGGUACUUGUACUCUGACCUGCCGGUAUACCUUGUGGAUCCUUUGUCACGAGAGGCUAUUCUUGCUAUGGUUGCAUCGAUGCAAGACUUUUGCGAAGAAAAUGGUGUGCAACGCGCCUUGUCUUGCUUGAAGGAGUUUGUCGGAGACGUGCUGAUUCUGUACGAGAACUUGCUUGUGGAGGAAGCUGGACUGCACACAAAGUCGUUGAAAGAGUAUCUCCAGGAGAACAACUUUUGCGGAACCGAGGAUCCAAUCUUUGUGCUGCUUCCAAACGAAAUUCACUUGCAGAACUACGUUUCCUUACGCCAGCAUUUGCAGCAAGCGGAGCUUUCCCUUCAGCAUCAGUUGCUUGCCUCCUCGACAGUAGAAGGUCAAGACCUUCACCGUGAAUACCACAGUGAAGCAUCCGGCUGUUGUCGGUUGUCAGCAGGAGAGUGCUUGCUGUGGCAACCUGAAGGAGAAAUCGUGGUCGAGCCGCUUCCAAUUCGAAACACGAAAGGCGGCCUGUGGUUUUUGGACUGUCCCACCAUUGAUGUGGCUUCUGACAGGGCUAAACACGCUGGAGCCUCGACGGUGAUCGACGACGACGCAUUGGCGCGGCGCAUUCAGCGAUGGUGGCGCCGAAUCAAGCAGAGCAGGAAUCCAUUUCGGAUGGACAUUGAGAUGCAAGGAGAAGAAGAAUUCUAUGAUACUCUGUCGCACGAAGAUGAAAUGGAAGAGGACGAAGAGGAAUUCUUCGAUUAUGAUGAAGAAGGAAUCCCAAUGGAUGACAACCAAGUCGAAGCUGUAGGAGAGGACGUGGCCGAGAAUGGUGAAGCCAAGGCUAUUGAUGCACUGGCCAAUCCAGCACCCCCAACAAUCAGUGCUAUGGAAGAGUGGCUGGAGCAACACAAACUUCCUCGCAAGGUGAUCGAAGACUUGAUUGAAUUGGGUGCCACCACCAUUGAAGAUGUCAAAAUGGUGGUAGAGGACGAGGAAAUGAUUGGCGCCUUCAAGAAGUUGGAUCAAAAGAAGCUCCGCAUGGCUGUCAAGAAUCUCUAACUAGCUAGCUACCUUGGAGAUACCGGUAGCUAGAUACAAUCUAAAAGAUCUCAGUAAUCUCAGUUGCAUUACCGUC